UGUAAAUCAGUGCACAGAAGUGCGGCGACCAUGUCCUGGUCACUGCCCAUUUGAAUCAAUUUUCCUAUAUGAAAACGGUUUAAUGGUAAUUUGAGUCGAUGGAGAUGGACGCGUCUUCCGGCACAUCCAACGACUCUCAAUCGGACAGUUUCACUCAACAAUCGACCAACAUGAACUACUACACGGAUAAUUUGUUUUUCGCCACCAACGGCAAGCUGGACGGCUAUUUUUCGAAUGAAAAGUUUCGAAAAAAUUGCGAUACGCGACGUUUCAAUCAUCAAUACAGCUCAAUCAACAGUGGAAAACCGACAAACGGCAGUGGAAAGUGUGCGGAAGAAAAACGGGUGACAAUGUUCAACGAGAGCUUCAAAAAAAUCACGGGCGAAAGUGCAAAAUGUGCUGCGGACAUUUUCAGCUGCGGCACCCAAAAUAAGGGAAAACUCGCGGAAAGUGUUGUGCUAAAAGUGGAUACUUUUGGAAAGAAAGCCGUUAGUUUCUCUCCGGAUCAGGUGCAAUGCAUGUGCGAAGCCCUGCAACAACGGGGCGAUUUGGAUCGAUUGGCCACCUUCCUCUGGUACCUUCCCGAAACCGACACGCUCCAGAAAAACGAGAGUAUUUUGCGCGCCCGAGCAGCAGUGGCGUUCCAUCGGGGGUUCUACCAUGAACUGUACGCAAUUUUGGAAAAUCACAGUUUCCACCCACGAUGGCACACCGAGCUGCAAACCUUGUGGUUCAAGUCGCACUACAAGGAGGCGGAAAAAGUACGCGGACGUCCUCUGGGGGCUGUCGAUAAGUAUCGGUUACGCAAAAAGUACCCGCUGCCCAAAACGAUCUGGGAUGGCGAGGAAACUGUGUAUUGUUUUAAAGAGCGCAGCCGGAACGCUUUGAAGGAGUGCUAUGCUAGAAACAGAUAUCCUACCCCCGAUGAGAAAAAGGCGCUUUCCAAGCGAACAGGGCUCACCCUAACACAAGUUUCGAACUGGUUCAAAAACCGACGGCAAAGAGAUCGAACGCCGCAAUCCAGACCAGACAUUAUUUUGGGAAACAUGAGCCUGUCCCAAGGGGGUUUGGGCAAUCAUCAUCAAAACAAUCUGGAUAUGGUGGCUUUCCAGGCCGCCUCAAAACUCUUUGAUCCAAAUGGGUCGGUUACAACGGGCUGUUAUGGUGACUACCAAGUUUAGGACGCUAUUCUAGAUAACUUUGUACAUUCUGUAUAUAAAGCCAGUUGAUAAUAGAAGGUUUGAAUAGUC